CGAGGGCUCGACCUCUUUGUCUCCUCACUUCUUCCCUCUCUCUCUCACUCGCUUUUUCUCCGUGCAAUUGAAUUUAGAAAAAGCUCUCACACACUUUGCAACCAUGUCGAAAGCCGAUCUCCUCGCAAAUACCGAGAAGGGCCACCUCCCCGCCUCGCAGCGCAUCCCGCCCAUCGCGCUCCCCUACGUCAGCGAGCGCGCAAAGCAGACACUGGAUCUGGUCGAGAAAUUCGUCGAGGAAGAAUGCAUCCCCGCCGACGCCGUCUACCACCAACAACUGGGCAGCACAGCCCUUGAGCGCUUCAGCGCCGAGCCCUCGAUAAUCGAAACACUGAAAUCGCGCGCUCGUUCCCUCGGCCUCUGGAACCUCUUCCUGCCCAAAAGCCACUUCAGCCAGGGCGCGGGCUUCUCGAACCUCGAGUAUGGGCUCAUGGCCGAGUAUCUGGGGAAGUCGCGCACGGCGAGCGAGGCGACGAAUUGCUCGGCCCCGGAUACGGGCAAUAUGGAGGUGCUUGCCAAGUAUGGCGAUGAGGCGCAGAAGAAGAGAUGGCUGGAGCCGCUGUUGAGGGGAGAGUGCAGGAGCGCGUUUUUGAUGACGGAACCCGGGGUUGCGAGUUCGGAUGCGCGGAACAUUGAGUUGAGUAUGCGGAGGGAGGGGGCGGAGUGGGUGCUUAAUGGGCAGAAAUGGUGGUCCUCCGGCGCCGGCGACCCCCGCUGCCAGAUCUACGUGGUAAUGGGCAAGUCUGACGCGGGCAACCCGGACCCCUACAAGCAGCAAUCGGUGAUCCUGGUGCCGGCCGACACGCCCGGCAUCACGGUACACCGGAUGCUGUCGGUCAUGGGCUACGACGACGCGCCCCACGGCCACGGCCACAUCUCAUUUGCGAACGUGCGCGUCCCCGCCGCAAACAUGGUGCUGGGCCCUGGCCGCGGCUUCGAGAUCAUCCAGGGCCGCCUGGGCCCCGGUAGGAUCCAUCACGCUAUGCGCAGUAUUGGCGCUAAAACAAACAAAAACAAAAAACUAACGCGCACCCUCCCCCCCACAAAGGCCGAGCGCGCCCUCGAGCACUUCGCCGCGCGCCUCUCAGACCCACGCAAGACCCCCUUCGGCGCGCCCCUCAGCACGCACGAACUCCAGCUCUCCCGCCUCGCACACGCACGCAUCAACAUCAACGCCGCACGUCUCACCGUCCUCAACGCAGCCAUAAGCAUGGACCUGUUCGGGCCCAAAGCCGCAUUGCGCGAGAUCGCAGCCGCCAAGAUCCUGGUGCCCAAGACCCUGCUCCAGGUCCUGGACGACGCAAUGCAGGCGCACGGCGGCGCGGGCGUGAGCCAGGAUACUCCGCUUGCGAAUAUGUGGGCCCAGGGCCGCACGAUGCGCAUUGUGGAUGGCCCGGAUGAGGUCCAUGUGCUGCAGGUGGGCAAGGGGGAGGUGAGGAGGGGUGAUGCGCUGAGGGGCCGGAUUGAGGCGCAGAGGGCUAGGGCGGGGGAACUGUUUAGGGAGGCGGGGCUGAAGCGCGUGGAUCCGUUGGCGCUAGGGCGGAAAUCGGGCGCGGGGGGGAAGGCGAAGUUGUGAGCGUGUGUGUGGUGGUGGGAGGCUGCUGUGUACGGCGGUUGGAGGGGAUGUCGUUGCUCUUGUCCCCAUGCCGAGUGCUCCUCCAUAGCAGCGCAAGCGCGUC